UGCCAGUGAAAUUAAUAAUUUGUUGGCGAAAAUACAUAAGACCCUACAGGAGGCGGAAGAAAAAUUAGAAUUCUAUCAUUAUGAAAUGUCGAAUGUUGAAAUCGACAACGAAAAAAAUCAGGAAACAUUGAAAAAAUCCAGGCACAGCAGAAAUAUUAAAAAGGAGACCAGUGAUUCAGAAGACACAGAAAAAAAGAAUUAUAUUUUUAAACAAAAAUUUAAUUCUUCGAUUCCAGUAAAAUGUGGAAAUAAUAAUUAUAAUGAAGAAGUGGUUCACUCUACAUUAAAUGAUGGAGAAAUCAAUAACAAAGUUACAGAUUUUAACAAAUCAACGGAUGACUCAUCAUUAGUUACAAACAAAUCAAUUGGCAAGACUGUUCCGAUUAUUCCUGAGAGUGCUACAGAUGACUCGACAUUAACGAAUUGUAAAUCAAAUGCUCAACAGCAAGUAAUUCCUGGUAGCGACAUGGAAUCUAACAGCGGGAAAACUAAAACACAGAAAAGAUCAUAUGCAACUGCAUUUUCGACUCUAGACCAAAAUUUAGGAGAACUAACCCCAUAUGAAGAUGUCAUAUUAAAUAAACUAAAUAGAAUAGGAACGACAACAGAACUUAUGAGUCGCCAAUUACAAAAUAUACCUCAAAUUAACGCCAACGGUUUUCCAAUUCAUUCAUUUUCUCAUAAAAAUAAGGACUUGCAAAUAUUUCCAAUUGACGACGAAGAAACUUUCAAAAAAGUCGAUAGAAAACUUGCUCCAGAAACAGAGUAUUUCACAAAAGUGUUCACUGCCUUAAAAGCUGUUGGAAAAUAUUCAAAUUCCAGUCUAACUGUCAACGCUGUAAUGAAGGAAAUUUUUACUCUGAACAUGGGCGAUAAAUUUUGCUUAACCGGCAAAAAUAAAAAUCAGUUCGUUUUUAGAGACACGAUUAUAUACAAAGUUGUUUCACAAUCUCUCUUGCAUAUUUUACCAGAGGAGACCACGAAGAAUAGAGAUGAUUUGAUUGGAACAUGGCUUUCAAAUUGUAAAGGCCGUAUUUUGAGAAAAGAAAAGGAAAACAGAAAGUCAGCACCUGUGCGAAUCCAAUUAUAAGUGAACAACAAUUUUAAAUAUUUAUCGAGGCAAUGGAAGUUUCGUCGCCAGCUUUAAAUUCUAAUUCUAUAUUUCUAUUAUUGUAUUAUAAUAUUAUAUAU